GGUUUCCCGUAGAAUGAAUAUAAUAUCUACUUGUUUCUCUCUCGCUUUCUCUGUCUCCUGACCUUACAUCUACUAGUUCUGUUCUUUAUUGAAGUAAAUUUUGGAGGACUACUAUUCAUCAUGGAAGAGAAGUCUAGUCACAGUCCUGUGACAAGCUAUCCUGAAGAGUCCACGGGUUAUGGCGAAAAAGCUCCUCCAAAUUACAAUGGCAAUGAUAUCCAAACAGAAGGGCUAAUAUCCGAAAAUGUCGAUGGUCUCAAACGACAGCUUUCUGGAAGACAAAUUCAAAUGGUAACCAUUGGUGGUUCAAUUGGUACAGCUUUGUUCGUAUCCAUUGGAUCGGGACUUACACAAGGUGGACCGGGAUCUCUACUCAUUGCCUUCAUCUUAUACAGUUGUUUCCUUGGGUUAGUUAAUAAUUGUAUGGCUGAGAUGUCAAUCUUCAUGCCGGUUAGUGGAAGUUUUGUGAGGAUGGGGAGUAAAUGGGUUGACGAAGCCUUCGGAUUUAUGCUGGGGUGGAAUUUCUUCCUUUAUGAGGCUGUAUUGAUUCCAUGGGAGAUUAGUGCGUUAAAUUUGGUGUUGACUUUUUGGAGUGAUAAUAUACCCUUAGCAGCUGUCUGCGCUGGAUGUAUCUUUCUCUAUGGUGUUAUUAAUCUUUUUGCUGUUAAAUGGUAUGGAGAAAGUGAGUUUUGGCUGUCUGGUGGUAAGGUAGUGUUGAUCGCUAUGAUAUUUUCCUUCACAUUUAUCACAAUGGUCGGAGGAAAUCCAAAACAUGAUGCAUAUGGGUUCCGUUAUUGGAAAGAACCUGGUGCAUUUGCCGAAUACGUCACUACGGGAUCUUUGGGUAGAUUUGAAGGAUUUCUUGCCGCAUUAUGGAAAGCCGCAUUUACUAUUGUUGGGCCUGAAUACAUUGCUAUGAUGUCGGGUGAAGCCUCGCAUCCCCGCAAAAACCUCAAGCGAGCUUUCAAGACAAUCUACUGGAGAUUUGGAGUCUUCUUUAUCGGAGGAGCUCUAGCAUGCGGAAUAGUCAUUCCAUACAACGAUAAGAAACUAAUUGCUAUCCUCUCGAGUGGUGGCUCGGAGACUGGAACUGCAGCUUCCAGUCCCUAUGUUCUUGCUAUGCAAAAUUUGGGAAUUGGCGUACUUCCGCAUAUUACAAAUGCCUUACUCGUGACGAGUAUCUUUUCCGCUGGUAAUUCCUAUGUUUACUGCGCAUGUCGUACAUUGUACAGUCUCUCGCUCGAUGGACAUGCCCCACGUUUCCUCCGCAAAUGCACCAAGUCUGGUGUACCAAUCUACUGCUUUUGCGUCACCAUGAUCUUUCCCUUUUUAAGUUUCCUUGCAGUGGGCAACAGUUCGGCUCAAGUCAUCACAUGGCUCGCAAAUCUUACCGAAGCCUCACAAAUCAUAGAUUACAUUUGCAUGUGUACUAUUUAUAUAUUCUUUUAUAGAGCAUUAAAGGCACAGGGUAUUGAUAGAAGCACACUGCCUUAUGUAGGUUGGUAUCAACCUUAUUGUGCCUGGGCGGGACUUGCGGCAAUGAUUUUCACGGUGGCGUGUUAUGGAUACACCACGUUUUUGCCAGGAUGGUGGGAUACCGGAACAUUCUUCUCUUAUUAUACUAUGGUAUUCGUCUGUCCAAUACUUUAUGGGGGAUGGAAAAUUGUCAAGAAGACCAAAGUUGUAAAACCAGAAGAGGCGGAUCUUGUAUGGGAAAGACCAAUUAUCGAUGCGUACGAAGCGACUAUGGCUGAAAAACACAUAUCGUUCUGGGAGGAAGUAAAAAUUAUGAUGGGGUUCGGAAAAAAGGAAGUGCAUGUGGAAUAAUGAUUGAAUGAUAGUGAGGAUGGACGGUCCGGGAUCAUCACCUUAGAGAAAAAGUACUACCAGUGGAAUCUUAUUCCCUUUCACGAUAUUCCUAGGAACCUACUAUUUCGCGAAUACUCUUGAUGAAUAAUAAAUGCUCGAGAAUACCCUGGUCAAAUCAGGGCGAUUA